AUGCUUGUGCCCGCCGGCUUCGUCCUCGCUCUGGCCACCGCGCUCGUGGGCGCAGUCCCACAGGCGAGGACCGUCACCUCGAGCGGGUUCACCAUCACCCUGUCCCUCGUGCCGUCCAUGCCCAUCACCGAGCAGCCUCUCUCCAGCUCCCCCAGCGGCAUCCCCACGCACACCAACUCGAGCCCCACCUCGGGCACGACCACCGCCACAACUGUGACGCUUCCCGGGUCUGCCGCACCCACAACAACACUCACCUCCGCCUUGUCCGGUACCGUACCGCCGGGCACAGCGUCCAGCUCCACCACCAGCAUACCCAGCUCCACCUCCCCGUCUACCACCAGCACGUCCGCAUCUGCCACAACGAGCAGCUCAAGCGGCGUCGCACCUACUUUUCACGUUGGCGGGCAGUGGCCGAUGCUGCUCGGCGCAGGCGCAGGCGGCGCUCUCGCAUUCCUGGUUUGA